CAACAACAACAACAACGGCAAAUCAAAUAUACCGAGCGCUUAUUACCCAACACUGAGCGCGCUGCCGAUGGGCCUUGCCAAUCACCAGCAUUCACCACAAACUCUGGAUUACACACACAAAGCGGCGAACGCUAUCAUCCCUACAGCAAGCCAACAAGGCCGAGUAGGCGAUCAAGCAACGGCACAGACACCCGGCGCAACAACACAGUGUCCACCACUACCGCUGUACGCCCACCACUCAGCGUUGCUGAACAUGAAUACUUAUCUAACGACGGAAGCAAAAGCUCCAUUACCUCUGCUUCCGCACCACACCGGCACCAACAACACACCGGUGACAUUUCCAUCGCACACAGCAUCAGUUCCAUUAUUAAUGGGCGGUGAGCAUAGCGCUUUUCGCUCAAUGGUGGUGAAUCCAACACUGUCAGAGGCAAUGCUUGCGCUCAACUUCACCCGGCAAUAUGUUAACGCAA